AGCCUCUUGUCGAGUGAAGGCCUCAGUGCGAUUCGUAAGAAAACUCGGAGAGGGUAUUUGAGAAAGUAACGCGCUCCACUGGUUUGCAAUUCAUUUCUAUAACUGCAUCUUUUACUAUCUUUUGAAGUACGAAUUAUAUUUAUGAACUUUGAGAUGGCGGGAUCAACACAAAUGAAGGCUGUUUUCGUAGAAGAAUUUGGAGGGGCGGAAAACAUGAAAAUAAAGACAGACGCCCCUGUGCCCAGAGUUGUAGCUGGAAAGGUGCUUGUACGUCUGCAUGCGGCUGGUAUCAACGAGCUCGAACUUCGCAUUCGUUCUAGGGGAUGGAGGGGGUUCAUUACCCCUUUCGUUCUCGGAAUGGAUGGAGCGGGGGUCGUCGAAACCGUCGGCGAUGGCGUGGUGACUUGCAAACCUGGAGAUCGUGUGUAUGUGUGUCAACCAAUAACGGGAACGUAUGCGGAGUACUGUUUAGCAGAUGCAGAUAGGGUCUAUAAACUCCAUGAUAAACUCAGUUUUGAAGAAGGAGCUCUUUUACCAAUCCCUUACUUCAGCGCGCUUCGCGCUCUCACCAGAGCUCAUUUUCAACGCGGUGAUAGUGUUUUAGUACAGGGAGCUAGUGGAGCUGUCGGCCUGGCUGCUGUUCAGCUUGCGAGAGGACUUGGUGCUUCACGUGUCUUUGGAACAGCUGGUAGCGAAAGAGGGCGCCAAAUUGUCAGAGAAAUGGGGGCGGAUGAAGUAUUCGACUAUAAAGAGAGAGAUUUCAAAGAAACAGUAAAGGCGGCAAUUGGCCCAAAGGGGGUGAACGUUAUCUUGGAAACAAACGUCGACGUCAACUUCCAUUUCGAUCUCGAAAUCGUAUCCAAGCACGGUCACAUCGUGAUCGUUGGCAAGCGAGGAAUCACAUCAUGUGAUCCACAAGAGAUGGUGACAAAAGAAAGUACAGUAACCGGAAGUGCAUUAUUCUUCUGUGAUACGGAAGCGAGAUUGGACAUGCAUGACACACUUUACCGCGGCGUGGAAGAAGGCUGGCUAAAACCCUACAUCGGAGGAAGAUUCAAACUUGAUGACGUCAUCGCUAGCCACCGAGACAUCGAAACGCGCAGCGGAGCGACAGGAAAAACUGUACUUACUAUUGAAUAAGGAUUAUUGACCUAUUUAUUUGCUUUGAGCACUAAAGAUUUUUUGGAAUUCAUUUGAUGAAUAAAGAUGUGCAAUAUAACUUUUUAUUGGUUUUAUACUAAAUAUGAAAGCGUUGGAGAACAAUAAAAAAGAUCUAGUUAUAUAUUUAUAUUUCAUAUCAUACACGCAUCUUUAUAAUAAUGAAUAGAUUACACAGAUAAUUAUGAUUUGACUACGAAAAAAUGCGUAAUGAGCAUAUGGUGCUGCACCUUAAAGAUUGAACCCUCUCUUUCGCAUUCAUUAAUGGACUACCACACUUGGCCAACUAUACCCACAAUCUAUACAAGGGAAGGUCGAUAGAGGCCCAAUUUUUAACCAUCAAUGGGCAACAUACUGUCCUCACAACCAUUGGUUAAAAUCUGUCCAAAUUUGGUAAUCAAACCUAAUACUUGGGUAAUAAAUUUGCUCAAUUGGAUAAUAAUUGCCCAGAACUUUUAUACAUAUUUUGUUGCCAAAUUUUUUAAGUGUGCAGCGAUAACAAAUAGCCAUAAAGUGAUUGACACUUGCGAAUUAAUCUGUUGAAAAUUUUAGCAUGAAAAUUCACACUUUGUUUUAACCAAUUAUUCGAUAAUGUGUAUUAGUGUAUUAGGUAGCGUGAAUAUGGAUGGUAGGCCCAACAAUAUUCAAUACGUCAUGAAAAUGAUAUUACGAUAAGACAUGUAAGAUAUGGUGCUGGGUAUGUUUGCAUCUAGUAAUGUCACAUCACCCCCAUCCCCGCUUCAAUGAUUGUUGUUCAUGUUUACUGUGGCCUUAUGCAUU